AUGUUCGGCCAACCUUUCUACAACAAUCCCUACCAAUCAGCGGGAUAUCGCUAUGCGCCGGCCCAACGGGCCUACCCACAAACGGAUCCUGAGUGGCUUCGCGCCCUCGCCGAUCAACGAACACGCCGACGUCAGUGGCUUCCUGACGAAGACGAUGAUAGCGAAGAGGAGUGGGAAUACAAUCAGCUAAGACCUCAGGAACGCCUCUACCUCGACGCGCGGAAGAGGCAGGAGGCGCUCGAGAGAAAGGAGAGGGAGGAACGCCUGGCCAGAGAACGAGCUCUUCAGGAGCUACAAGCGGCAAGGAGGAAUCAAGUGUUGGAGGAGCAUACGACACGCCAGGGUUUGAAACGCGAGGGGUCGACACAUUCUCAACGAUCCAAUGUUCAGCCUACGUCACGCACAACCUCCCCUUCCCCUCCACCUCGGACAGAGUACACAGAACGUCAUCACGAGGCUGCAUCACGGAUACAGCAUCAAUACCGCAUUCAUAAAUCCCUACGCUCCAUUCACGAUCUCGAAUCACAAUUUCAAACUCUCAAGAAGAACUUCGUUUUUCCCUCCUCGAUCGACUUGCAUUCCUCCAGCCAUCCGGAUGGUGUUCUGACGGUUCCUAUCGAACAGUCAUCGUCCGGAACGCAGAACGAUGUGUCCUCUGAAUCUGACGGGGAUUCAGAUGUACGGUUGGCGUAUACCGCUAGAAAUCAUGCUCUGCACGCGUACACGGAUUCAAUGGAUAAGCUCUUGAUGAAGUUGGAUGGAGUAGAGAGCUGGGGCGAUGCAAACGUCCGAAAGAGGAGGAGAGAUAUUGUGAAGACGAUUGAAAAGGAGGCCAGUAGCGUGGAACGGAAGUGGAUGAAUGCAUGGAAAUUGUACACUAAUAAUCGGAAAGAAUAG